AUGACUAAAUCGUCGGCGUUGAAAGCUUUGCUACUUCUGCUAGAGGCUCCGGUCUGCAUGGGUGCAGCGAAGAAGUUAUUUGGACUCGCGGGAAAGCUUCUACGACCUCGCCCAGCUCCGAGACCCACACAGGCUCCAAUCGACCCACGACAUUAUUCCUCAUUCUCCGAAACUAUCUUCUCCACUCCUACCGUGACGACUAAGCUGGAAUUGGGUUAUGAUAAAGAUGUGGGAGAUGACGGCAUGGAGAGACUGGUCUUAUCAGACGUUACUCGAUACAUCACUCGUGGGAAUACAUCCACCACGAGGGAAGAGCCUGAUCACAUAGCUGUCGACGUCAUGCUCAGCCGUGCAGUGUUGAAACAGAUAGAAAACGAUGACCUGGAUGGAGCAGACCCUUUCCAAAAGAGGUCUGCCUUAGGAGUCUACGGCAAAGAGCUCAUGCAGAAAUCACGCGAUUCGAGACUGCAGAAGAUCCAUUGCGAAGCUGACGACUUCAUGUCUUUAUGGGCGUUUCAUCCUGGUGGCCGUCGAAAGCAAUCAGUGGGUUCCCCCAGAGAUGAGCCCUCUAGCCCGAUAGCUGCGAUCUAA